AUGGACUUGCACAUGUCGACUGGCCAGCUGUGCAGCGAGCAGAGCUGUAUGCCUGGCAACUUUGCGUCCCAUGAUAGUUGCAGCGGCAGCGCAAGUUUUGCGAACAACGAUUCGACAUGUGCAGGAAAUGCCGGCAACAGUGAAUGGCAAUGGAAUGCUGAGACGGGAGGUGGCAACGCACAAGGCUGCAAAGCUGGCAUGAGUGAAUCCCAGGUUGCUGCUUGCAGCUUGGGCGAGACAAAGGUCCAGCAUCCCGGCGCAAACGGAGGCAGCAAUUGGCCCUCUGGCUGCGCAAAUGCUUGGGGAAACUUUGCGUUGGCAGGUGCGCAACCAAAUCAAGGUGCAGGAUGUGGUUGCUGGCCAAACCAAUGUCAGCAACAGCUCUGCGGAAGCUGGCAGCAACAAGGAUGCGGUGGAUGCGGCAAUGGCUGCUGUGGUUUCGGUUGCUGUGGCUGCGGUUGCGGCUGCUGCCCUUCGGGUUGUAGUUCGGGAGGCUAUGCCGCUCCUUUCUGUGGAUGUGGCAGCUGCGGUGGCAAUGGCUGCAGCUGCUGUCCUGGUCCUUGCAACUCCUGUCAAAAUUGCGGAUGCUGUAACUUCAAUCCCUGCGCAAAUGGCGGUUGGUGUCAGGGUUAUCAUCCCAAUGGCUGCCAGUGGAACUGGCAGCAACAGCAACAGAUGAGUGAUGAGCCACGGUAUUCAGGAAGGACGCGAGCAGAAUGGGCGAACUGGAUUGUCACUCCUUGCGGUGAUCGGUGGUGCCAGACAAAGCUUCACGAGGCAAAGUGCGUAGUUGAUUGGAUGAUACGAACCUGGGGUAUUGAAUUGUUGCGAAGCGGCAGCGGGGUCAUUGACGUCGGUGGAGAGCCCGGGUUUGUAGCCAUGGCACUUCUGGAAAGGGGCGUGCCGACCAUUGUGGUCGACCCCAGCUGGGGUCUGACUGGAAAAACAAACCGACUGACAAAUAUCGAUCAACUGAUGCAGAUGCCGGGCUGUCCAAAGUUUUCUGCUUUCAGAGAGAUGUUCGAUGAGAACUUCUAUGCAAAGCACACUGAUCUUGUGUCUUCUGCCAGUGCAAUUGUGUCUCUUUACGGUGAUGAGGCAACUGAACCAAGCCUUCGCUUUGCUGCUUCUUUGGGCAAGCCCUGUGCGUUGAUCCCGUGCAAUGAAUGCAUUCGCUUCUUUCCUUCCAACAAUCAGACAUACGAUGGCUAUGUGCAAGCCUGCAUUGAUACCGCCAACCAGAACAAAGGUCGCUUUGAACUUGUAAACCUGGUCGGUGCACCUUUUUCACGUGCACUUCUUGUGCAGUCCCCACUACCCACAUGGGCAGAAGGUGUUAUUGCCAAUGCGAAUUCGUCGCAUGGCGCCAUGUCGACAGGCGGGAAGUGCCAAGACUCACUGACCGUGCCGGUCGAUGUUCUCCAGGAUCUAGGCAUCCUGCACCAAGUUCUUUGGAAGAUGGAGUUGGCCAGGUCCAAGCUCUUGCACGCACAGGGCUACCAGCCAUCUUGCGCAAGAGAGGGCGUUGCUGGCUUCUGCUCAGGAUUUCCAGAAGCACUCGUGACGACGCCGUUCCAAGUCAUCAAAAUUCGAAUGCAGAGCAAGAAGUUGGUGCAGAUCUACCGAAACGACUUGGACUGUCUGCUCAAAGUCCUAUCAGAUGAGGGUGCCGGCGCGUUGUUUACUGGCCUGUCUGCAACUGUGGUGCGAAACUCCACAUGGAAUGGCAUCUACUUCGGGGCCAUCGCGAAAUUUUCCGAGUACAGCGGUCCGGCGCCAGACGGAUUGGCUGGCGAGAUCCAAAAGCUGGUCACGGGACUCUGUGCUGGAAUUCUGGCCACGUUGUUCGAUGCGCCACUGGAUGUGGUGAAGAGCCGAGUCCAGGAAAGCAGACCCACAGCUCGAAGGACUUUGCCAGCCACACUUCUUGACCUUCUGCGAGAAGGAGGUAUUCGUGCCUUGUACAAAGGCUUUGUGCCUAAAGCCUGGAGAAUGGGAAUUGGAGGUGCUGUGGGCUUCGUGACCUUUGAGUUUGUACGUAGCACCUUGGUAAUUGCGAAAGAGAAGCCGACGUGA